AUGUCUCUCAUCACAGACACAUCACUAUACAAUGACGAAACCAUCAAUCGCUUCAUGAAACUAUUAAUGAAGAGAAAUGAAGACAGAAUUUUUGCUUUCGACACCUUCUUCAUUCCUGAGAUUAAUAGAAGAGAACUCGACACCAUCAACACAAGAUUCAAGGAAAAUCUUCUCUUAAAAACCACGGCACUAGCUCCAAUACAUAUAAACAACAAUCACUGGAUCAUAGCAGUGGAUGACAUACAACAACACGAAAUAAUCUGCUAUGACAGCCUGGAUUGUCAUGAUAUAAAGGAAAUAACAAAGUUCCGACAGUUCAUGAUAAGACAUGAACUACGUAUGAGUGGAUCUAAAUCCAUGUGGCCAAUAUUCAGAGGAGAGACUACAAUUCAAGAAAACAACUAUGAUUGCGGACCAUGGAUUCUGGAAAUUGCUGUGCCAUGGAGUCAAAGGAGGCCAAAGAAACUCGUUUGCAUAAAGUGCGUCAGCACAUGGCUGAAAGCCGAGCCUCGGAAUCGGAGCAGGCCAGAGAAGCUCGUUUGCAGCAAAUGCAGCAACGAAAUGCUGAGUCCAUGGGAUUAA